AUGCAGAACGAUCAACUAGACGAGUUCGUAGCCACGUUGCAGUCUUUCAAAGACUUGAAAUCUGGUAUUUCAGGUUCCCGUAUUAAGAAACUAACAUCCUACGCUCUUGACCAUGUGGACCAGGAACCACAACUCAUGCAAUUGGUCAUAGACUAUUCGCGCGAAACGCUUGCGACCCACAAACUGGGCUCCUUGUACAUUAUAGAUUCGAUCGGUAGAGCAUAUCUCGAGCAGGCUCGCGCACAGGAUGACUACAUCAAACCCACCGCCAGAGAAGGCUCUUGCGCUCACGGUGUGUAUCUUCUUGGAGAAGCCAUUCAAGAGCUUUUAGGCGAUGCCGUCAAAAACAGUGACGAAGAUCACAGAGAGAAAAUAAGAACACUGGUAGACAUAUGGGACCGCAGCGGUCUUUUCCAAAAGGGCUAUCUCAAUGCAGUAAGAGCAAAGUGGUUUUCGCCGCUGAGCAGCACUGUAGGCGCAACCACCAAUGUUACUGACACGCAGCCUAAUACUUCGUUUGUUUUGUCAAAAGAUCCUUCAGAGAGAUGCAUUGAAAUUUUGAACAACCUACAGCCUAUGGCUAAUGUUCCAAAAGUUGCGGUUCCUGCUGAUUUACAGUCUGACGAUUCAACGUUGCAACAAGUAGCUUUGUUCCAGUUCUUGGUCAAUCUUCAGCAGAUCGGAACACCUGGACCAAUGCCACAAGCUGGAUUUGCGCUGCCGCCUCAAACAAGCUCGAGACAAAGUAAUACAGUGAACAGAAAUGAUCAAGCGAUGUCAGGCUUUAGAGACGACAGACGCGAUCGCUACAAUACAUCUUCAAGAAGAACAAGAUCUCGUAGUCCUCCACGGCGAGAAGUCUACAGAAGCUCCGAGGGCCCCAACGCGUCCAACAAUCACCACUUAUACCCUGGCGAAGAAAACAUACCUGGUAGUUCUCACUUCAGACCAAAGCCUGUAUCAGUAGACCACACUGUCCCGCCGGACCAUAUUAAGGUGUUCAGUCGUACGCUUUUCGUGGGAGGGGUCCCACCUUCCAUGAAAGAGUACGACAUAGCCCGUGUAUUGAAGCCGUAUGGGGAAGUGCAGAGUGUCAUCUUGAACAGCUCCAGAAAGCAUGCGUUUGUAAAGGUCUACUCCAGACAAGAAGCGGAAAAUGUGCUAAACAAUUUCAAUAAGGAUGGAUCGUCACCCCUAAGAACCAGAUGGGGCGUUGGUUUCGGGCCAAGAGACUGUUGUGACUAUCAACACGGGUACAGUGUCAUCCCGCUUCACAGAUUAACGGACGCCGAUAAAAAAUGGACUACUCAUGCGGAAUGGGGAGGAACGGCCGGCCAGCCUUUGCAGCAGGGUCUUGCCUUCGAGGAGCCCGAUAUAGUGGUGGGUGAAGGUGUUUCUUCAAAGGCCAUUUCACAAAAAAUGCCCACGGAUAGCGGUAGAAAUGGGCCCAAGUCAGGAAAACCUGUGAGAAGCCCUGCGUACCGGAACUCUCCGGGUCAGAACCAAUUCUACGGACAGAUGGCUCAGGUGCCCAUGCAGGGUCAAAUGCCCGUUCAGGCUCAAUACCCUCCUGCAGGAUAUGGCGCAUCCCCACCAAUGCAAUCGUAUGGCGUACCAGCUGCGAUGCCCCCACAGGCUCCUCCAGCCAUGUAUGGUACUCAACAAGCGCCUCCAGCUCCACAGUCCCAGUUUGAUCCCACGGCACAACUGAACUCACUGAUGAGCAUGCUUAACCAACAGAAAUAG